AAAUUCAGGAACACGAUACAUUAACAACCUUCCUGACUCGUGAAAUUCUCGCGAGACGAUCACCAACAAAAGAACUGGUUUCAAAAAGAUUUCCUUGGAUUUUCAACUGCUCGAACCAACAACAAUAAGAUUGAUUAUCAUUCUCUAGGGUUUUCAUUCUUCAAUCGCCGAUUAUUCCAACCGUCAAUUCCUUCGGGUAAUUGGAUUUGUCUACUUCUGAAUCGGCAAUGCAACGUUAGUUUGGUUGCAUUGAUUGUUCCGUUUUAAUGUUCUUGAAAGAAGGAGAAACGACAAAAUUGGUCUUUUCGUUACUUUCCGUUGUAGCUGAGUGUUGACUAUAAGAAAGUGUCGGUUGCAUAAACAGAUGGAUUUUGCGAAGCGAUGGUGUAAAAAGUUGAAACCGAAAGAGAAACAGAAAUCUUCACCGAAACGGGAAGUUAGGAGUAACGGAAAAGAAGGAUUAAGAGUAACAAGUGAUGAAGCACCUUCAAACGCUACUAAACAGAAGGUUGAAGCUGCCAAACAAUAUAUUGAAAAACACUACAAAGAGCAAAUGAAGAAUCUUAACGAACGGAGGGAACGGCGUAAUGUUCUCGAGAAGAAAUUGGCUGAUUCAGAGGUCUCUGAAGAAGAACAAAACAAUUUACUUAAACAUCUUGAGAAAAAAGAGACAGAAUAUAUGCGCAUUCAGCGGCAUAAAAUGGGCGCUGAUGAUUUUGAACCAUUAACAAUGAUAGGAAAGGGUGCAUUUGGUGAGGUUAGAAUAUGCAGGGAGAAAACAACUGGUAACGUGUAUGCAAUGAAAAAGCUUAAAAAAUCCGAAAUGCUUCGUAGAGGCCAGGUCGAACAUGUCAUAGCAGAAAGGAACCUGCUUGCGGAAGUUGAUAGCAAUUGCAUUGUUAAGCUUUAUUGCUCAUUCCAAGAUGAAGAAUAUCUUUACCUCAUAAUGGAAUAUCUUCCCGGUGGAGAUAUGAUGACUUUACUCAUGCGAAAGGAUACGUUAACCGAAGACGAAGCUCGGUUUUACGUUGGGGAAACUGUUUUGGCAAUCGAAUCAAUACACAAACAUAAUUACAUUCAUAGGGAUAUUAAACCUGACAACUUGUUGCUUGAUAAAUUCGGGCACAUGAAACUGUCAGAUUUUGGAUUAUGUAAACCAUUAGACUGUACUAAUCUUCAAGAAAAAGAUUUCACCGCUGCAAAUAACUUAAGCGGGGCCCUUCAACGUGACGGGCGUCCUGCUAUACCAAAACGCACUCAACAAGAGCAACUGCUGCAUUGGCAGCGAAAUAGGAGGAUGCUUGCUUAUUCUACUGUUGGCACACCUGAUUAUAUCGCUCCCGAAGUUUUGCUGAAGAAGGGAUACGGAAUGGAGUGUGAUUGGUGGUCUCUUGGGGCUAUAAUGUAUGAAAUGCUUGUUGGUUACCCACCCUUUUAUUCAGACGAACCCAUGUCUACUUGUAGAAAGAUAGUGAACUGGAGAACUCAUUUGAAGUUUCCGGAAGAGGCAAAAUUGUCUCCAGAGGCGAAAGAUUUAAUAUGUAAACUUCUUUGCAAUGUUGAAAAAAGGCUCGGGACCAAAGGCGCUCAUGAAAUAAAGGCACACCCAUGGUUCAAGGGUAUAGAAUGGGAAAAGUUGUAUCAAAUGGAAGCUGCGUUUAUUCCGGAAGUUAAUGGGGAGCUAGAUACCCAAAAUUUUGAGAAGUUUGAAGAGGGUGAAAACCAAAUUCCUUCGUCAACAAAAUCAGGGCCUUGGAGAAAGAUGCUCUCCUCUAAAGAUGUGAACUUCAUGGGGUACACCUAUAAAAACUUUGAAAUUGUAAACGAACAUCAAGUCCCGGGAAUCGCUGAGUUAAAGAAGAAGAGUACAAAACCUAAAAGGCCAACCGUCAAGUCACUUUUCAAAGAAGAAACAGAUUCGACCCCCUCGCAACAAACUCACGGAAGCUUUCUCAACCUCCUACCCCGCCAGCUAGAAGUCCCAAAGGAAAAUGAGUCCACAUGAAGCGUUACUCAUCUGUUCAUAAACAGUCACAUAGGCAUAGUUAUAAAUUUAAUCAAAAUCUAAAGCAUUAAAUGUGUUCCUUACAACCAGACAAAUUUUCAUUGUAUGCAGAAUGAAAGAUGGGUUUUCAGUUUGUUCAAUUUGCGGACGAAAAUGAUUUGUUUGAAAUAUGGAUGACCAAUUGUUGCGCUUUCGUUUUCUUUUAUAUUUUUGGGUCUCCUGUAAAUUGGUUUCCUGGAAUUUGUAUAUCUGUUUUAGUUUUGCUUUCUUUCAAUUUGUAUGCAACUUAUCUAGUUGUCAUAUUAAGUUGCUGGUUGAUGAUUA